UCCUUGUUAACCUGGUUUACCCCUCUCCUCUCCAGUACAUUGCUCCCCGGACCACUUCAGCUGUUCCAGCGGUCAGUGUGUGGGGAAACAUCAGAUGUGUGAUCACUCUACAGACUGCUCUGACAACUCGGACGAGAUGGGCUGCUACCCGACUGAAGAGCCGUCCUCCCAGCCCACCAACACCAUCGGCUCCAUUGUGGGCGUUGUCAUGGCGCUGUUUGUGGUGGGCGCGGUCUACUUGGUGUGCCAGCGAGUUCUCUGUCCCCAGAUGAAGGACGACCGGGAGACGGUAACCAACGACCCCUCUGUUUCCCUGGGUUACGGCCCCUCUGUUUCCCUGGGUUACGGCCCUCACCCUGCCUCUCUGUCCGGGUCUCUGCCAGGUAUGUCCAGGGGAAAGUCUGUGAUUGGUUCGUUGAGCAUCAUGGGCGGGUCCAGCGGCCCUCCGUACGACCGCGCCCACGUGACCGGAGCUUCCUCCUCAAGCUCCUCCUCCACCAAGGGCACGUACUUCCCCCCGAUCCUGAAUCCUCCUCCAUCUCCUGCUACCGUCAGGUCUCAGUACACCAUGGAGUUUGGUUACUCCUCCAACAGCCCAUCAACCCACCGUUCGUACAGUUACCGUCCCUACACCUACAGUCACUUCGCCCCUCCCACAACCCCUUGCUCCACGGACGUCUGCGACAGCGACUACACGCCGGGACGCCACGCCCCGCCCACCUCCAACUCCGGCGUCGCCAAAGGUUACGCCAGCGACCUGAACUACGACUCGGAGCCUUUUCCCCCGCCCCCGACCCCACGCAGCCAAUACCUGUCAGCGGAGGAGAACUGUGAGAGCUGUCCUCCUUCCCCGUAUACGGAGCGAUCCUACUCUCACCACCUCUACCCUCCUCCUCCGUCGCCCUGCACAGACUCCUCCUGAAACCUCUCGCUGUACAUAACAAUUGUUGAUAAUGUGUUUCUAAAAGAGGAGGAAGGAGAGGAGAGACGGGAGGAGAGAGACGGAGGAGAGACGGAGGAGAGACGGAGGAGAGACGGAGGAGAGACGGAGGCAGAUGUACAGAACAUAAUGGAAAGAGAAACACAGGAAGCUCGUUUCGGGGUUAGAAGAAAGAGCUCCGGAAGACAUUUUUUUUGUACAUUUUAAAAAAUAGAAAAAAAAGCAUAUUUAUAUAUUUUCUAUACAGCGUUUACUGGAUACGCCAUAGAGGUUUGUAUUCAAACAUUUUUUUUUUUUUUUAAGAAAACGUUUUUAUUAAAACCAUCAGAAAACAUAAGUUGCCUUAAAUCCAGAAGAUACAAACAGUUGUCUGUUUUUACGACGCUGGACGAACAUUAA